AUGCCAACUAUAAGCCUGGAGCCCGCGGGCCGCAGCUGCUGGGACGAGCCGCUGAGCAUCUCCGUGCGCGGCCUGGCCCCGGAGCAGCCCGUCACGCUGCGCACCGCCUUGCUAGACGAGACAGGCAAGCUGUUCCGCGCCCACGCGCGCUACCGCGCCGACCCCCACGGCGAGCUGGACCUGGCGCGCGCGCCCGCGCUGGGCGGCAGCUUCGCGGGGCUCGAGCCCAUGGGGCUGCUCUGGGCCAUGGAGCCCGAUCGGCCUUUCUGGCGCCUGAUCAAGCGCGACGUGCAGACGCCCUUCAUGGUGGAGCUGGAGGUGCUGGACGGCCACGAGCCCGACGGCGGGCGGCUGCUGGCGCGGGCGGUGCACGAGCGUCACUUCAUGGCUCCCGGGGUGCGGCGUGUGCCCGUGCGCGAGGGCCGUGUGCGCGCCACCCUCUUCCUGCCUCCAGGAAAUGGACCCUUUCCUGGGAUCAUAGACCUUUUCGGAGUUGGAGGUGGCCUUCUGGAGUAUCGAGCAAGUCUGCUGGCUGGGAAGGGCUUUGCUGUCAUGGCUCUGGCCUAUUAUAAGUACGAUGACCUCCCCAAGAGCAUGGAGAUAUUUCACCUGGAGUACUUUGAGGAAGCCGUGAACUACCUGCUCAGUCACCCUCAGGUAAAAGGUCCAGGAAUCGGGCUGCUUGGGAUUUCCAAAGGGGGUGAACUUGGCCUUGCUAUGGCCUCCUUCCUGAAGGGCAUUACAGCGGCUGUCAUAAUCAAUGGCUCUAUGGCCAACGUUGUUGGAACAUUGCACUACAAGGAUGAGACCCUGCCCCCUUUGAGCAUUAACAUGAAUCGGAUUAGAGUGACUAAAGAUGGCCUUAGAGAUAUUUUGGAAGCCCUGAAUUGCCCUUUAAAUGGCCCUGAUCAGAAGAGCAUCAUCCCUGUGGAAAGGUCUGACUCCACCUUCCUGUUCCUUGUGGGUCAGGAUGACUGCAACUGGAAGAGCGAGUUCUAUGCCAAUGAGAUCUCCAAACGCUUGCAGGCCCAUGGGAAGGAGAAGCCCCAGAUCAUCUGCUACCCAGAAGCAGGGCACUACAUUGAGCCCCCCUACUUCCCUUGGUUUAAGGCUUCCUUACAUGUCACUUUUAACAUGCCUGUCCUCUUUGGGGGAGAGCCCAGGGCUCAUUCCAUGGCCCAGGUGGAUGCAUGGCAGAAACUCCAGAGUUUCUUCUAUAAACAUUUGGGUUCUGAAGAGAGGACAAUCCCAGCAAAACUGUGA